GGAAGAGAAGUGCCAUAURGAAYAACAGCAAUGAAUUCACCAAUGGUUAUGGUGUUUGUACCUUGCAUCAAUCAAUAGACGAUAAAGCUUUCAUCCUCAACAGAUUCGUAAGAUAUAACAUCACACGAAGUGAACAUUACAUWUGCGAUAUGACUUCUGCAACGAACAGUCGGGAUGGCGAKUGCUGUAGUUCUGAAAGCGAAAACCAGAAUCACGAAACCGAAAGGCUAGACGAACUGUUCGACAGCAAAGGAGAAGUUGUCAAGGUAGAGAAUCUCGAAUUUAUACCAGGGAAUUUAGGUCAAGGAGCCUUUGGAACAGUUCGCCUUGCCMRGCGCACGUUCAAGUCAAGCUCCACCGACAGCUCAAGUAGUGGUUAUGUCGGUAGUUGCGAUAACAAUGCCCGAACUGCUAAUAAUCAAAGAUCGGUGAAAAGAUCACUCAAUCAGAAAUCAUGCUCUAUGCCACUCGGUCGCMUUUUUCGCAGUGACAGUCUUGAUUUGACCCAAAACAACAACGCCACGAGCAAUAAUGCUCAUCGAAAUCGUUAUAGGAGGCCUGCGGUGAACUCUAGUGGGUUUCACCUAUUCCGCAGUAGGUCGCGGGACUCUAUCCGAGAAAACCUAUUUGAUGAUUCAUACAACGAUGACGACCAACUCGUGGCCGUCAAGAUUUUCUCGAAGUCCAAUCUCAAACGCAGAAGAACUAUUGAACGUGAUAAAAGUACAAACCGCGUAAAAGUGAAGACAGCGCUCCAACAAGUGGAAAGGGAAAUUGCAUUGAUGAAAAAGCUUUCGCACCCAAACUUGGUACGACUUUAUGAAGUCAUAAACUCGCCUAAAAGUGAUAGUUUGUACAUGGUGUUGGAAUAUAUGCCGCUGGGAGAAAUUCUCACAUUUCAAGAACACGAUGGAACUUUCAAGAGGUCAGACAGUCUUCGUCACAAACAAAUUGAUGGACUCAUAGAUGGUGGAUAUUUUGAUGAAGAACAUGCAGCUCUGUAUUUCGUUGAUAUAUUACAUGGCUUGGCCUAUUUACAUCAGCAUCAUAUUUGUCAUCGUGAUCUAAAGCCUGAAAAUAUUCUAUUGAGCAACAGCGGCAUYGCUAAGGUUGGCGACUUUGGCGUAUCACACAUUUUUGAAGAAGAGGAUCAUGCACACCGCCGUCUUUCUGCUUCUGAAACGUCUGARAGGAAUAUAUUCAAAAAGAAAAGUUGGAGCUCCACAUCUUAUUCAUUGUUUUCGUCWGACSAAGACCAGCAGGAAAAGAACCCCACUGUUUUGACUCGCCAAGACACGGAUUCAGCGUAUUCUAUGGGUAGAAUGGCUGGAUCUGGAAUACUGACCAAAACUGAAGGCACCUGGUGCUUUUGGUCCCCUGAAAUGUGCAGUGAAUCAAAUUCACGAGGCUUUUCGGGGUAUGCUGCAGAUCUUUGGGCCGCAGGCAUUUGUUUGCAUAUAUUUGUCACUGGCAAACUUCCCUUCUACAACACGAUUCCACUGGAUCUCUUUGCAAUGAUUGUUCAUAAAAACGUACAGUAUAAGGGCCUGGGCCUCAGURAUUCUUUGGUAGACUUGUUGAAGUGUUGUUUGGAAAAGGAUCCUAACCUACGGGCGGGAGUUGGAGAUUGUCUCCACCAUGCUUUCUUGGAAAAAGCGCGAGAACAACGYAUCCGGGAACUCGGUCCUGAAUUCGAAAGUUCGUUGAGCGUUAUUCAWAUUAGCGAAGAGGACAUACGGAUGGCCUUUCGAACUGUCACAAGUGUUCCSGGUCAAAUCAUGCGGWCUGCUAGCAAGAAAAUACAAGAAGGACUGGCGCACACUCGAGAGAACCUGAGAGCACGUAUCCCUUCGUUGGCAUCAACCAAUAAUUCAGGAGACGAACAAAGUACCGCCUCGAAGAAUAACAUCAAUAUGAGUGCUACGAUCAGCGACCCUAAUAACGGAAACAGCAUCUCAACUAACAAGCACAGCAAUCAUGUUGUAUUUUACAGUCGGCAGGCAUCGGGCGACUCAAUUAAUUCACUCCCUUUUUCCGAUAAAAAGGAAAAACUCAAAUAUGGAAGCAAAUCCGACGCAAUGKCUGAUGCCAAUAGAAUAGUGAUUCGUAAAAAUGGAAACGAAUCCGAAACGGAUACCCAUGUAAGUCGUCUAUCGUCUGGAAUCUCACUUGGGAGCACUGGUACCGAUGACCUGCCCACGAAAGAAAUGUCUUCGCGAGUAUCGUUCGGAAGUAGCAACGCCGACGAUUUAGACAUGAUGCGCUUGGAAGAAAACGGUGAUCAAAAGGACGAUAAUGCCGAGGAGAGAGGCGAAUGCCCUGGUAGCAAUGACAAACACSAACAAAGCAAAAUAUCAAAGGGAUCCUUGAAGAAUUCUCAUUUCGUUUCUUCCAAUGAUCUCCAAGAAAUAGCAAAAAAGCAUUCAACGAUUUACAAGCCAGAGGAUCACCCGACGACGGUGUCACGUACAUACAAUGAUUUCCCAAGURUCUCAACUGCCUGCCUCUCUGAAGAAGGGAUUGCAUUGGAUCAGGAUGAAGAAAACGAUGUAAAUUUAGGAUGUUUAAUUCAAUAACGAUUCACUCUAUUUUUCACUCUAUUCUCUUCGAUUCUUCUUCUAUGAUCAAUCGAAUCAUUUAACAUUGARCCCCCCACUAAUUGAUUUUUUUGCUGCCUCUCUUUCGUCAAACAUGGAGAUUCUAAGAAGAGUACUUUUUAUCAUCGAUCGUCAAUCAGAUCGUCGAAUCCCAACUCGUACAAACUAUUUGCGCGAGAAGCCUCCUGAAGAGGCGCUGGUUUCGAUGGCGGUUUCUUGUCAGUGUCAACAUCAUUGCUAUUGUUUAACGGAUUUGAAGAAUCACCAAUGAGAUCAUUGAAUCCAAAAACGCCCAAACUGGUUUCACGAGCUCCUCUCGUUAGAUGUUGUGGCUUUAGAUCCCCGGGUUCCAAAAAAUCAAUUGAUGUCGUUCGACCAUCCAUAGAUAAUGGUUCUAGGUUAGCUGCUUCAGGCACAGGGCUUCCCAAACGAAUAUCUUCGGUGGUUUUUUGUAUUGCUUGCAUGUCUCGGUUAAAAACUUCAGGGGCAUACUGUUGUUUCAGCCGGUUUGAGGUUGCACUUUGGUCCCGGCUCAAGGUUGCUCGUUUUAAUUUAUGA